AUGUCGCCCCAAAAAUGUCUCCAGCAGCUGCUGAGCUGCGGCAGCACCUACCGGCGGCGUGGUAGAUUCACGCCCGAGGAGCACAAACGGAUCACGGCAGCUUUUGCAUCCCUGUCUCAGAACCUCGGCCUCAUCGAUCCCCAGACCAGGACCAGCUCCUACUUUCGACACAGAGUCUGUCAAGCAUUCUUACGUGACAUCGAACAGAUAGGCGGCAGGGACCUUGUUGUGCUCUGCGCGGCUGCUCUAGGUCUCACGCAAAUCGGGAAAAUGACCAAGGGGCAGAGAACAGAGCUCACCGAUCUCAUCAUCAGCCGACAGUCAGACAUCGAAUCGGCCGGCCUCGAUCUUGGGAGCGCAACUAUUACCGGGACCGCUGGUGGUGGUGAGAAGUUGAUUGGACUCUACCCUCCGACACCACGUAACCUUGCCGUAUUCAGCAGCCAGAAAGCCUUUGUCGAUACGCAUGCUCACCUCGAAAGGGGUGUUUUUAUGGCACUCACGAGUGAGGAGUGCUGUUUCAUUCCUGCUGGCUGGCUUCACACGCUAUAUACAACUGGCAGCGGGCCCACGGCCGUUCUGAAGUGGCCGACGUCGGAAUGUUUCUAA